AUGGCGACGCCAAAGUUCAAUUCCAAGUCCCCCACUAUACGGCGCAUCCUGCGUGAAGCGCAGGAACUCUCCUCCUCGCCGUCGGGGGAUUACACGGCUACGCCGCUGGAAAGCGAUCUCUUUGAAUGGCACUUUACGCUCCGCGGUCCGCCGAAUUCGGUCUAUGCUGACGGCAUAUACCACGGGCGCAUUGUGCUGCCGCCGGGCUACCCGCUGCGGCCUCCGUCCUUUCGUUUCGUGACGCCCUCGGGCCGCUUCGAGACGAACCGCGAGAUUUGUCUGUCCAUCUCGGGCCACCACGAGGAGACGUGGCAGCCCGCCUGGGGCGUGCGCACCGCCCUGGUCGCUCUGCGCUCCUUUAUGGAGACGGACCCGCGCGGCCAGCUCGGCGGCCUCGAGACCACCGACGCCGUACGCCGCCGCCUCGCCACCGCGUCUCGCGAGUGGCGCUGCUCCAGCGCCUGCUCUGCCGGCCGUACCAACGCCGAGAUCAUGCGCGACUGUGAGACCGUUGCCAGAGAGCACCAGGGGGGCGAGAAGGUUGAGGUCCAGGUCGAGAUUCCUCCUGAGCUAAAGCUAGCGUGGCGGGACGAGAUGGGGGAGAACGCUUCUGCCGGUGCUUCCGCUACGGAAACAUUACGAGGCACGGCAGCAACGGUCACGACAACGACGGAGACUAGAAGAUAUGACGACGGUAAUAAUGACGACGGCGAUGACGACGACGACGAAAGUGCAGAGCUGGCAGAGGGUUUCGUGCAGACAACUUCACAACCACUGGCGCCACCACCGCCGGUGCCGGUGCCCGCACCAGCAAUAUCAUGGCAGCCCCAGCCCCAGCCCCAGCUGACAAGGACAAUACCCCUGCCACCCCAGCAGCAAGCCUAUGUACCGCCACGGAGGGUGUCCAACGGUGACGUGCCAGUCUGGAUUGACCGGCUGAUCGUCAUCGUUGGCGUGGUCUUGGCAGCCAUGAUUAUCAGAGUGUUUUUAGGAGAGUAG